AUGGUACCGCUAAGCUCGUUUUCAUUUCUAACAACUGCCCCACCGUUAGAAAGUCCGAAAUUGAAUACUACGCUUCUUUGGCUCAAAUCUCCAUCCACCACUUCGUUGGUUCCAACGUCGAACUUGGUACUGCUUGUGGUAAAUAUCACAGAUGUUCCACCAUGGCUAUUCUCGAUGCUGGUGAUUCUGAUAUCCUCAAGACUGAAUGAUUUAUUUUCCUUUAUAUAAAUUAGUUAUAUAUAAUGGAAUAUAAUAUUAUUAACUUGCAUUAACAUAUACAAUAUAUAUAGUUUGUACUAUUUAAAUAUAAUUUUUAUUGUAAAAUAAACCUCUCAAUUGUUAUUCCAUUUCAUUAAAUCAUAUUCAACUUCCUCUUCUCACACAUGA